AGGGCGGGAUCUCCGGGCAGGGAGGCCGCCGAGGUGAGGUUGAGCCCGGCGGUGCUUUCUACUGGGAGUUCGGGGGAAGCGAAGGAUUUUUUCUCCCUCCCUGCCUGCCGCUGCCCCUCCUCCCGUUAGCCGGCCGCCUUUCGGAGGCAACCUCCCGCGCCCUAUUCCCCGAGCCGCCUCUUCGACCAUGGCUCCUCACAAACACGUCGGGGGUAAGAACGCCGUGAAGAAGCCCAAGAUCGACCAGAUCCAGGCCGACCACGAGCUUUUCCUGCAGGCCUUCGAGAAGCCAACUCAAAUUUAUAGAUUUCUCCGAACCAGGAACCUCAUAGCGCCCAUCUUUUUGCACAGAACUCUCACUUACAUGUCACAUCGAUUAUCAAGAACUAACGCCAAAAGGAAGACCUUUAAAGUGAAUGAUAUGCUGGCCAAAGUAGAGAAGAUGAGGGGAGAGCAGGAAUCUCCUAGUUUAACAGCUCAUUUGCAACUUACGUUUACUGGUUUCUUCUAUAAAAAUGAAAAGCCAUCUCAAAACUCAGAGAACGAACAAAAUUCAGUAUCCCUGGAGGUGCUACUUGUUAAAGUCUGUCACAAAAAACGUAAGGAUGUUAGUUGUCCAAUCAAGCAAGUGCCUACAGGUAAAAAGCAGGUGCCUUUGAACCCAGACAACAGCCAGUCCAAACCAGGAAAUUGCCCUUCCCUCGCAGUUCCCAGCAACGAGUUUGAACCUAGCAACAGCCAUAUGGUUAAAUCCUAUUCGCUGCUCUUCAGAGUGACACGUCCAGGCAGGAGGGAGGUCAAUGGAUUGACUAAUGGAGAGAUUAAUGAAAAUAUUGAAGUAACGGAUGAGUUGCCAAGUCGGCGGAAACGGAACUCGUCUCACAAAGAUGAUGGGGAGAAGACCUUUGUAGCUCAGAUGACGGUUUUUGAUAAGAACAGACGCUUGCAGCUGCUGGAUGGAGAGUAUGAAGUAGCCAUGCAGGAAAUGGAUGAAUGCCCUGUUAGCAAAAAGAGAGCCACUUGGGAAACCAUUCUUGAUGGAAAGCGGUUGCCUCCUUUCGAAACCUUUUCUCAGGGUCCUACACUCCAGUUCACUCUUCGAUGGACAGGAGAUGCUGCAGACAGGUCCACUGCUCCAGUUGCUAAACCUCUUGCAACUCGCAAUACAGACACCACAGCUGCAGAGACUAAGCUCAACUCAGUGAAACCAGCUCAGACCCUCUCUGUAAAAGACUCUUUGACAACUGAACUUCAAACUAAAAAGGAACAAGUUUCAAUGGAACCGAGGCAGAAAUUAAGGAUAUUUUAUCAGUUUCUUUACAAUAACAAUACCCGUCAGCAGACUGAAGCCAGAGAUGACUUGCACUGUCCCUGGUGUACGCUGAACUGUCGUAAACUUUACAGCUUGCUAAAACACCUCAAACUCUGCCAUAGCAGAUUUAUCUUCAAUUAUGUGCCUCAUCCCAAAGGUGCUAGGAUAGAUGUAUCCAUCAACGAGUGUUAUGACGGCUCUUAUGCAGGGAAUCCUCAGGAUAUUCAUUCCCAGCCUGGCUUUGCCUUUAGCCGUAAUGGCCCAGUGAAAAGGACGCCAGUGACCCACAUCUUGGUUUGCAGACCAAAGCGUACCAAGCCCAGUCUCUCUGAGUUCUUGGAGUCUGAAGACGGAGAAGUGGAGCAGCAGCGGACGUACAUCAGUGGUCACAACCGCCUUUACUUCCACAGUGACACUUGUCUGCCACUCAGGCCGCAGGAGAUGGACGUGGACAGUGAGGACGAGAAGGAUCCUGAGUGGUUGCGGGAGAAAACAAUUACUCAAAUUGAUGAGUUCACAGAUGUUAAUGAAGGAGAGAAAGAAGUAAUGAAACUAUGGAACCUACACGUUAUGAAACAUGGGUUCAUUGCUGACAACCAGAUGCAUCAGUCUUGCCUGCUCUUUGUAGAGACUUGUGGACCAAGAAUAGUGGAGAAAAGCCUGUGUCGGAACUUUCUGCUCCACCUGGUUAGCAUGCAUGACUUCAACCUGAUCAAUUUAACCACCAUAGAUAAAGUGAUGGCCAGGCUUGGCGAGCUGCAACAGAAGCUGCAGAGAGAUCACUCUGCCUUGAAACUGAGACAGGAGCCCACGGGUGAAAGCCAGCCGAACACUGAAGACAGUGCUACUGCUGUGAGAGACAAAACAUCAAGCACUGACAUUCUCACCUCAGGUGUCGCCAAACAGAGCAAAAGGCACAAACUCUGAAGUCAGGCACCCAAUCUUCUCCCCUGACUCCUGAACCCUCCCUCCCCACCCCC